AUGCCUCCUAAACAUAUGUCUGGAGCUCAAAAAAGAAAAAGAAAACAGAGGGAAGAAGUAUUAGUUCAAUAUCAAGCUGGUGAUAUGUUUAAAUACUUUAAUAGUAGCAAAGUAACACAGAGAGAAGAAAUAGUUGAAAAUUUGGGUGAAACUUCAAUAGAGGAACAAGAAACUUGGAAUGAUAAUGUCAAUGAUCAAGGAGACUUAGUUGAUGAAUUGAAUGAAGACAAAGAUGAUCACGUUGAUGUCAAUGAAUCAAAUGAGAAAGAAGAAGACAAUGUUCAACAUAAAGAUUUAUUGAUUAAUUUUUAUGAUCCAGGGUGUUGGGAUAAAAUUGACCAAAAUAUGAGAGAUUUGUUAGUAGAGAGGGGUCCAAAAAGAGUUGAUGGAAUCUUGUUUCCUAAAGAUAGUAGUGAUAGGCAUUUUGAAUUAUCACAAUAUAAGCGAGUAUUGCUCAAUGGGGAAACAAAUGAUAGGAGAUGGCUAGUAUAUUUAGUUCAUUUGGACAAGGUUUUUUGCUUUUGUUGUAAGUUAUUCAAGACUAAAAAAAAAAUGAGUAAAAUUGGUCCGUUGGGAAAUGAAGGAUACAGAGAUUGGCAUAAUAUGGGUCGAGGCCUUAAAAAUCAUGAAGCAAGUAAGGAGCAUAUAGAUUGCAUGACUAGUUGGAUUGAAUUAGAAACAAGACUGAGUAAAAAUAAGACAAUUGAUCAAAGUGUGCAGAUUGAAAUCAAUAAAGAAAGAGAACACUGGAGACAAGUGUUGAAGAGGAUAAUAGCUAUUGUGCAAAGAUUGGCAAAAAAUAACUUGGCAUUUCGAGGAGAUUGUGAGAAGCUGUAUGUAGAAAACAAUGGUCUUUUUUUGCAAAUGAUUGAAAUGAUUGCUGAGUUUGAUCCGAUUAUGAAGGAGCACAUUUGA